CAUGCUAGCAGAGCCAGGUUCCAGACUCGCCGAAAUGGAAAAGUUGCUCAGACAAGAACUGAACUCAGCCAACCCAGACAAUGGUUCAGCUAUGUGGCUCUUUCUGGCUGCCCUGGUGGGCCUUUGGUUCCUUUGUCGAUGGUACCUGGAAAGACAAAUGGUGGAGAACCUGACGGAGAAAUACGUCUUCAUCACGGGCUGUGAUUCUGGCUUUGGGAAACAGCUGGCCAGGCAGCUGGAUGCUCGGGGUCUGCAGGUGUUGGCCUCUUGUCUCACUCCAGAAGGGGCAGAAGAGCUGGAAAAGGUCACAUCGGACCGGUUAAAGACCACUCUGCUGGAUGUCACCAACACUCAGAAUGUUGCAGCAACAACUGAGUGGGUGAAAACCUGCGUGGGGAACAAAGGACUUUGGGGGUUAGUAAAUAAUGCAGGCAUAAAUUAUCCGGUUGCUCCCAAUGAGUGGCUGAAGAAGGAGGAUUUUGCCAAGGUGCUGGACGUCAACUUGCUUGGGCUGAUUGACGUGACGCUGCACAUGCUGCCCCUGGUGAGGAGAGCCAGAGGGAGAGUGGUCAACUUGUCUAGUGUGGUGGGAAGACUGGCAUCCCCCGGAGGCGGGUAUUGCCUCUCCAAGUUUGCUGUGGAAGCCUUCUCAGACACUCUGAGGCGAGAGCUUUCUCCUUUCGGAAUCAGAACCAGCAUCAUUGAGCCUGGAGGCUUUAUCACAAAUAUGCUCAUUAACCCAGAUAAGCACUUACAGGGUGUGUUCAGCAAAAUGCCCCCACACGUCAAAGAAUUUUAUGGACAACCAUACCUGGAUGCCUAUUACAAAUAUAUCUGCACAAUCGUGAAGAUGAGCAGCAAGAACUUGUGUUUGGUCACCGAUUGCAUAGAACAUGCUUUGACGUCUCGCUAUCCUCGUACCCGUUACUCAGUCGGCUGGCCUACAAAAUUCAUCCUUCUGCCUCUCUCUUAUUUCCCAACUGCAAUAACAGAUUACAUGUUGAGCAUUCUUCUUCCAAAGCCAGCACAAGCAGUGUAGAUUCUAUUGCAGAAAAUAUUUUACAGUUGUCCAAAUGAGCAAACAAAUUAAUUUCAGUAUUAGUGAAAACUGGUAAGACAAUUUCACUGACGCAAGAAUAAUGCAUAUUUUCAGCCCCGUUGUUUAAGAACUAAAAAGUCUUCAAUCUUUGAAGUAAAAGAACAGAAAGAUUUGCAAAAA